GCAUUUUGUUGGCUACCGUAAAAAAAUCAAAUGAUUACGUAGGACAAAAUGGCGGAAGAAAAGUUGUGGACUAGAGAGAAAAUCAAAUCUAAAAUAGAAGAUAAUGAACUCGAUCUCAGUUUAUGUGGAAUAUCCAAAGUACCUGUUAAAGAUAUGUUGCCAUUUACGAAAAUCACAGUACUGGAUUUAUCAUGUAACAAGAUAAAUAUAUUGCCGGACAAUUUUACAAAGCUUGUCCAGUUGGUACAUCUAGACCUAAGCAAAAAUUCACUCACUGAACUGCCAGCAGAUUUUGGUUCAUUAAGUCGUUUAGUUAAGCUGGACUUACUAAAUAAUCACUUGUCAGAAUUACCACUGAGUUUUCGACAGUUCACACAGUUGAAAUGGUUAGACCUAAAAGGGAACCCAAUACAAGAAAACUUGCCUUCUGUUGUGGGAGAUUGCUUGAAGCCGUUGGAAUGUCAACAAUGUGCAAAGAAUAUUGUUGGCUAUUAUCAAAAUCUUUACAAUGAAAAUCUUGAGAGGGAGAAAAAGGCGAAGAAACGUGAACAAAGUCGGCUUUUGAAGCAACAAAAAGAAGAAGAUAAUGUACGACAACGAAGAAAAGAAGAGAAGAAAAGGCGACACGAGGAAAAGAAAUUAAAUAAUAAAUUGAAAAACUCGCAAACAAAUAACACAGAAGAAAUGACUAACAAUGAAAAAAUGUCGCAGUCAGUUUCACAAGACGUUUGGGAGGAUGCGAUUGAAUACUGGACCAAUUGUGUUGUUAGCAGUAACAUGUCAUUUGUCCUGUCACAUGUCCCGUCACGUGUCCGUCAAUGUGUGUCAGAUAGAUUACAACGUGGCAAAGAAUCGAACUGUUUUGGUGUGUUGUGUUACACCGUACUCUUCUUGUUUAUCGUUGGAAUCAUAAUGGCGGUCCUAUUAAAAGAAAAUCUCAAUGAACUCAAUUCAUACAUCGACAUAUUUAUUAAACAAGCAAGAACUUAUUUAGAUCAAUUAAAAAAAGCGAUAAAUAAAUAAAUAAAUUGAACUAAAGAUGUGGAAAUUUUUUUAAUAUGAAGAAAAACAAAAUUAUUCUCUUA